CUCAAUUGUAACAACUUCGUGGUAUCCAAGAACGUCUCAGCGAGAUUGACCGAUUGAUCCCGACCGUCAUCAUGUCCUGGCUCCCAAUCCCAACCGGCUCCCAUUUCUCCAUCGCCAACAUCCCCUUCGGCAUCAUCUCCACAGCCGCCAACCAAACCCCCAGACCCGCAAUCGCCAUCGGCGACAAUGUCCUCGAUCUUCACGCGUUCGCCAGCGGCGGGGGCUUCUCUGGCUCCCCAUCGGUCCAGGAGCGUGAGGCUUGCUUCGCGACGACCACUCUGAAUGCCUUCGCCGCCCUUGGCCGUCCGUUCCACCAAGCCACUCGCAGCUAUCUCCAGGCUGUGCUCGCCGCCGACACCAAGUUCCCAGAGCUCCUCAAAGACAACGAAAAGCUUCGAAGCACAGCAAUUCUGCCACGCUCGGAAGUGCAGAACCACCUGCCCUUGGCGAUCGGUGAUUACACAGACUUCUACGCGGGGAAGAACCACGCAUACAAUGUUGGAGUCCUCUUCCGCGGCCCCGCCAAUGCCCUGCAGCCUAAUUACACACACUUGCCUGUGGCCUAUCAUGGCCGAGCCAGCAGCGUUGUCACAUCCGGAACUCCCAUCCGACGUCCCUGGGGCCAGAUUCUGCGACCGGGCGACAAGACCCCUACGCUGGCGCCGUGUGAGAAGCUGGACCUCGAGCUGGAGAUGGGAAUGUUCAUCUGCCGCGAGAACAGCCUUGGGGCCCCGGUGCCGGUCAACGAGGCAGAGAAUCACAUCUUUGGCUACGUGUUGAUGAAUGACUGGAGUGCGCGAGACGUGCAGGCCUGGGAGUAUGUUCCCCUCGGUCCUUUCACUGCCAAGAAUAUGGGCACCAGCAUCAGUGCCUGGGUGGUGCUCGCCGAUGCGCUCGAGGCAUCAAAGGGUCCAGGUAUCGCCAAUGACACCGAGCUGCUGCCCUAUUUAAGACAGGACGCGAAGGACAAUGUCUUGGGGAUCAACCUAGAGGUCGACGUCAUCACCGCGGCGGGCGCAACCACGACGAUCAGCCGGACAAGCUCCAGAAACCUCCUCUGGUCGUGGCCGCAAAUGAUUGCGCACCACACCAUCACCGGAUGCAAUCUGCGCCCUGGUGACUUACUCGGCUCUGGAACGAUUUCAGGCACAGAGCCAGGCACGGAGGGUAGUAUUCUAGAGCAGACAAAGGGCGGCAAAAUCCCUUUGAAGCUUGAGGGUGGCGAGGAGCGCAAGUUCCUCCAGGACGGUGAUACUCUGGUCAUCCGCGGCUCCUUCGGCAGCGGUGAUUCUAUAAUUGGCUUUGGCGAAGUUUCAGGCACGGUUCAAGCCCCUCUUCCUCUAUUCUAGCUAUAGACUUGACUCUACCAAAACUAGACAAGAAAUGCACUGAUUUACUAA